GGCAUCAAGUCACAUAACACUUAUUAACAUCUUUUCUUCAGAAUUUCCUCAGAACUGGAAGCUGGCCUGUGGCCAGGGUCAGAUUCAGUUGAAUUAUUUUCUACAGAAAUCAUCCAGAAGAUUUCUAAAACAGAAUUCUUCCCGACAUAAUGUCCUCCCACUGUCUCAGACACUCACUCUGCCAGAGCACUAACACCUGUUUUAGCUUUUAAACCAGAGUACAUUUGAACUUGGAAGAAGUUUAUUGGACAUUUACAGUUAUUUAGAAUUUUAGAGGGCACAAACCGUGUACUACAGACAGAAUGCACUUGUUUUAAAGCCAAUUUUACUGUGAUCAAAAGUGGAGCUGCAGUGAUUUGUCAAUAAAUUGAUUACUCUAUCAACAGAAAAUUAACCAUUUUCAUAAUUGAUGACUCAUCAUUUCUCAAGCAAAAAUGCAAAAUAUUACAUUUUUUAUACCAAAGUUUAUCAUUAAACUUUGGUAUAAAAAUUGAUAAAUCAAACGUUGACCUUCAAAUGCUACCAACUGUAACCGUUUACUCAACAUGUAUGCAAAAAUUCUCAAAGUGUAAUUAACUGUUGUGAGACAGUAGUGGUCUGAUGAAUACAAGGAGAAACUUCUGGGAACCUUUUAAAAACUACUUGCAAAGAUUUGAGAAAAAUCCCCCAAACUGAAAACACAUUUGUUAGCAAAACUUUGUUUUUUCUUCUUUCCACUCCCAUCAAUCAUCUCAUGACCUCUCAGUAGCCCUUUUUAUUUAUUUAUAUUUUUUAAUCCUUUUAGAGCCAGAAACAGCUCUGAUGGCCAGAUUUCCUCUAAAAUAUGUUUCACGUUAAAAUCCAACUCUGAUUCAUUGACAGCAAUUUAAAAAAUUAAUUAGAGGUUAUCUAUCUCUUCUGUAAACUGUGGUGAGAGGAGGACGAAGAGGAGGAGGAGGCUGGCUUCUACUCUUUCUCCUCCUCCUCCCCCUUUAUCUUCAGCACCUCUACAUGACGGAGCAACUCCUGCGUUUGGAUGCAGAGGGAGCAGAUGCAGAGCAGCAGAUCUGAAGAGAGAAACUCAUGAGGCAUUCCAGCAUGAAGGGGAGAACAGGUCUGCUCUUCAGCCUCAUCAUAGCAGCGUAUUUCUGUGGCACUGCUGCUCAGACAACUGAGUGUGAAAAUGCCAACAUGGCUGACAUCGUCUUCCUGGUCGAUGGCUCCUCCAGCAUAUCCCCUGCAGACUUUCGGAAGAUCCAGAAUUUCCUUCGCCAAAUCGUCAGGACCCUCAACAUCGGCGACAACAAAGUUCGAGUCGGCUUGGCGCAGUAUAGUGAUGAUCCUUCCCAGGAGUUCCUGCUGAAGGAUCACAAGGACAAGAGGUCCCUGCUGGCUGCACUGGACAGAUUAUCUCACCGACGAGGAGGCACGAAAACAGGCAAGGCCAUCGAAUUCCUAAAGGAGCAGUACUUCACCAAGGUUACUGGCAGCCGAGCCAAUGAACGGGUGCCUCAGAUCGCUGUGGUCAUCACAGAUGGGGAAUCCACGGAUGAUGUGAAAGUGCCCGCCCAGAACCUGAGGAAGCACGGAGUCAUUGUGUUUGGUAUCGGGGUGGGACAAACAAACCGCAAACAGCUAGAGUCCAUCGUUAACUGGCCCCCAAGUCGCUUCCUCCUCACCAUCGAUAGCUAUGAGGCUCUGCAGAGGGAGAUGGGGCGUCUGCUGCAAACUGUUUGUGUCACCAUGGAGGAACAGAGGCAAGCUUUGGCGGAAAGGUUUGCAGAUAUUUUCUUCUUGGUGGACAGUGGCAUAGCUCAAGGACACUUCUCCCAGUUCAAGACAGAACUUAACAAAUUGAUCAAUCAACUUAACGUUAGAGCCUCCACCUACCGUAUCGGGUUGGCCCAGUACGGUCAAAAUACCGAAGUUGCAUUCUCUCUCAGUGCUUUUCAAACCAAACAGGAGACCCUGGCUGGUGUCAAGCAUUUCCGACUGCACCCUCCACAACCCAACGAACCGCGUUACCUGUACCGUGCUUUGGAGUACGCCAGAGAUAACUCUUUCACCAGUGGGGAGGGGGGCCGUGCUGAGAAAGGCUUCCGACAGUUCCUGGUCGUCGUGAGUGGAAAAGCCUCACGUGAUCGUGUGUCUACAGUGGCUCGUGAGAUCAAAUUAGCAGGGGUUACUGUUAUUGGGAUGAGCGCAGGUGCACCAAUGGAUCUAAUACGCUUGUUGAGUGAUCAGUAUGUGUUUGAUUCUGUCAGAGUAACUCUUCUGAAGGAUCUCUUCAUGACUGAGAAACAGGAGGUCAUUACUAAAGAUUGCAAAACAGGCAACAUGGCAGAUAUUGUGUUCAUUGUUGAUGAGUCGACAAGCAUCGGAGAAGCCAACUUCCAGCUUGUACGCAAUUUCCUACACUCGAUUGUAAGCAGCCUGGAUAUUGGUAAGAAGACAGUCCAAGUAGGCAUCGUUACAUACAACGAAAUCUCCACAGCACAGGCCUACCUCAACACUCUCAAUGACAAGACUGAAAUCCUACAGUUCAUCAAGCUGCUGCCUUAUAAUGGUGGUGACACGAAAACUGGAAAGGCCCUAAACUUCACCCGGGAUGAAAUCUUCACUGAGCGAAAAGGCAGCAGGAAGGGCGUCCAGCAGGUGGCGGUGGUGAUCACAGACGGUGAAUCCCAGGACGAUGUGAGCGACGCCGCAAUCAUUCUCCGUCGGACUGGGGUCACAGUUUUCGCUGUAGGAAUUGGAGAUGCCAAAGAGGAGGAACUGAACGAGAUGGCUACUCACCCCCCUCUCGAGCAUGUUUUUUAUGUGAACAGUUUCACCCAUCUGAAACCCCUGAAAGAGAGACUGCAGGGAAUCCUGUGCAAAAAGAUCUUUGACAAAAAGUUCACAGACAAGAAAAGAAAAGAAAACAUCAAAAAAGCUUGUGUACAAAAGGAUAAAGCGGACUUCUACUUCCUGAUAGACGACUCAGGAAGCAUUACUCCAGAGGACUUCAGUGACACAAAGAACUUCAUCAUUGAGUUUCUGCAUACCUUAAAUGUGGGGCCACAAAAUAACCGUGUGGGGCUUGUGAAAUAUGCAGAUUCUCCAACUGUGGAAUUUGACCUGACAAAGCACGCAGAUGCAAAUGCACUGGAGAAAGCUGUGAAGGAUAUUAUGCAUAAAGGAGGUGGGACAAAUACAGGGAGAGCACUGUCUUCAAUGGGUGAGCGCUUUAAGAGACACACUCAUAGUCAAGUCCCAAAGUACCUGAUUGUCAUCACUGAUGGAGAAUCCCAGGAUAGAGUCGAGGAUCCUGCAGAAGAACUGAGGGAGCAGGGCAUCAUCAUCUAUGCCAUUGGGGUGAAAAAGUCAAACAAAAUUGAGCUGGAUGAGAUUUCCGGUCACCCUAACAGGACUUUCAAAGUCACCAAUUUUGAUGCCCUGAAGACGCUCACAGAUGUCAUUAUCACAGACAUCUGUUCUCCAGAAUUUUGCAAAGGCGCAUCAAGUGAUGUAAUUUUCUUAACUGACAGCUCUGAGAGUAUCUCUGAGGAAGACUUCAAGAAAAUGAAAGACUUCAUGAAAUCUGUCAUCAACAAGAUUGCGAUCAGGGAGGAUGCAGUGCAUGUUGGCCUCAUGCAGUUCAGCACCGAUUACCAAAUAGAGUUCUCCCUCAGCGAAUACUACGACAAAGAUCAAAUGUUUCAAGCCAUCAAUGACAUGCAGCAGAUGAAAGAAGGCACGCACACGGGUAAAGCCAUCACAGCGGUGUCGCAGUAUUUCGAUAAAUCGGAGGGAGGACGUCCUGAGCUGAAGCAGAGGCUGGUGGUGAUAACAGAUGGCAAAUCCAACGACGACGUCAGAGAAAGCGCUAAGCGAGUGAUGGACAAGGGAGUGAUUAUCUACGCCAUCGGAGUGAUGGACGCCAACACCACCGAGCUGUGGGAGAUCAGCCACUCAGAAGACAGGGUUUAUUAUGGGUGGGACUUUGACGCGCUGAACAACUGGCAGAGCCAGCUGGCUUUGGAGAUCUGUGAGACCGUUCCUCCUGUGGAAGUUUGCAAGGCUGACCUGGUUUUCCUACUUGAUAAGUCCAGCAGCAUCACACCUGACAACCACACAGUCAUGUUGGACUUCACGGCAGGACUUGUGGAAAGCUUCAACAUAAGCAAAGAGUUUGUUCAAGUUGGAGCUGCACAAUUCAGUGAUGAUCCUAAGCAUGAGUUUUACCUUAACACGUACUACGAGAAGGAAACUAUGAUCACAAAAAUCCGCAAAAUGGAGUACAGUGGUGGAAACACCUACCUUGGAGAGGCCUUGGACUACAUGAAGAAUUACUUCACACCGGAACAUGGUAGCCGUAAGUCUGCUAAUAUCCCCCAGAUACUGGUGGUGUUCUCAGACGGAGAUGCUCAUGAUGAAGUGGAGGACAAAGCCAACAAUCUCAGGACUAAAGGGGUUGUGAUUUUUGUCAUCGGUGUUGGAGAUGUCCACCUCCUGCAGCUCUUGCAGAUCACUGGAAGCCCUGUGAGAGUGUUCAAUGUGCAUAAGUUUGACAAGUUGGACAUCAUCAAGAAAGACCUGGCCUCCGCCAUCUGUAAAUGUGAACAACCACAAAAAGAUGAACCACCUACACCUACACCUAGCCCUCAACCUACAUCUGAACCUGGACCUCGACCUAGACCUGUACCUACACCUGAACCUAGACCUGGUCCUUUAGUACAAGGAAACUGCAGCAUCGAUAUCGGCAUCGGAUUUGAUAUUUCACAAAGAGCCAGAGAUCAUUGGAAGAUGCUCCAUGACAACCUGCCGGCUAUUUUCGAAUACAUUUCCUCUGUGGACGACCUGUGCUGUGACAAGAAAGCCAACAUUGCCUUCCGACUGGUAGACGAAUAUGGAAAAUCCCUGUAUGACACAAACUUUGUGAGGAACUUUGUGAAACUCAGUGAGGACGUGUUACAGAGAGUCAUGAAGAUAUCUAAACCUACUUACUUCAACACCGCCCUGCUGAACUCCUUCAAAAAGAUGUUUAAGGACAAAUCCAAAGCUCAUGUGAAGGUGCUGGUGAUCUUCUCAGACGGACUCGAUGAAGACGUGAUGAUUUUGAAGCGUCAGUCAGAACUGCUGAGAAAGUCAAAAGUCAGCGCUCUGCUGACUGUGGCUCUGGAGGGAGCCCAUAACCCCGCCGAGCUGCAGACGGUUGAGUUUGGCCGAGGUUUCGACAACAACAAUCCUCUCAGCAUCACCAUGCCCAGCAUCGCCAGCACCAUCCGCACACAAAUUGUUACAGUGUCAGAAAGGGAGUGUUGCAACGUCAUGUGCAGAUGCUCGGGACACCCAGGCAUCCGUGGCUCUCCUGGCCGCCCAGGGUCAAAGGGUUUGUCUGGUAGGAGGGGUAACAUUGGCUUCCUGGGAGAGGAGGGGCACGCCGGCGACCGAGGACCUCCUGGAGACGUUGGACCUCUGGGCAUCCAGGGCUGUCCUGGAACCAGAGGACAGAAGGGCAAUCCAGGAUUCUCUGGCGACAGGGGUGAGAACGGAGAAGACGGACUGGACGGAAUCAAUGGAGAACAGGGAGUGACAGGACUGAAUGGAAGUCGAGGAGAGCGAGGACAUCCAGGAGAGCCAGGUAUCCCAGGUGGAAGAGGAGAGGAGGGUCUGAAAGGAGAGCAAGGACUGAGAGGAGAUCCGGGAGAACCGGGCAUAACUAACAUCCAACAAGGAACCAAAGGAGAACCCGGGAACCCAGGAUUACCAGGAUCACCUGGUCUGGACGGGAGAAUAGGAGACGCCGGGGUCAAUGGAAACCCGGGUCCAGAUGGAAGAAGAGGUCCGUAUGGUGGGAAGGGUGCCCCUGGAGGACCGGGAGCUCCAGGACUCCAGGGCAGCCCAGGUACUCCUGGUCCACAGGGACGCAGUGGAGGAAACGGUGAACGUGGACCCAAAGGGAUCUCUGGCUUUCCUGGACCUCGGGGUGAAAAUGGAAAACCUGGAGACCAAGGACAAUUUGGACAUCGGGGUCCUAAUGGACAAAAGGGCCAACCAGGAGAUCCAGGUGUAAAAGGUGGUCCAGGUUCACAGGGACACAGAGGAAUGCCGGGUCAGGAUGGUGCAGAUGGUCAUGGAUUUGCAGGACCCAAAGGUUCCAAGGGAGAUCCUGGUUUUCCUGGUUACCCUGGUUUACAGGGUGAGGAGGGCCAGAAGGGAACCAAAGGAUAUCCGGGACGUGAUGGGAACCAAGGUCGAAGGGGAAACUCAGGCAGACCGGGAGAAUCAGGCACAAUUGGAGACCCGGGAGAUCCAGGACACAGAGGUCGCAGAGGUCCUCCUGGAGUCAAAGGCAUGACUGAAUGUGAGCUGAUCACCUACAUCAGAGACAACUGUGUAUGCUGCCACGGUCAGUCAAAGUGUCCGGCCUACCCCACUGAGCUGGUGUUCGGCCUGGACAUGUCGAAGGACGUGGCCAGGGCUGCCUUCGAGAGGCAGCGCACUGCCCUUCUUUCUCUGCUGGAGGACAUCUCCAUUGCUGAGAGCAACUGUCCGACGGGCGCCCGCGUGGCUGUGGUGGGAUACAAUGACCAAACCAAGUACCUGAUCCGUUUCCAGGACUACCGCCACAAGACUCAGCUGAAUGACUCUGUGAGAAACAUCACCCUGGAGCGCACAUCCGACCGGCACUUGGGAGCCGCCAUGCGCUUCGUAGGUCAGAACGUCUUCAAACGCUCCCGUGCAGGAGCUCUGAUGAGGAAGGUGGCCGUGUUUUUCUCCAACGGAGAGACGCAGAAUAUCAACGACAUCAUUUCCGCUGUAAUGGAGUACCGGGCCCUAAACAUCAUCCCUGUAGUCAUCUCACUGAGCGGCGAUCCUAAUGUUAGGAGAGCGAUGGAGGUUGACGACACAGGACACUCCAUCUUCAUAGAGUUGGGGAGGCCGCAGGACCAGGCUGCCAAUCUGAGAAAAGUCAAGAACUGUGCGAUCUGUUUCGACCCCUGCAGACGUACAGAGGAGUGUGCCUCCAUCCAGGAACCAGUGCGGCCUCAGGAGGUGGAUGUGGACCUGGUGAUGGUGGCGGACAGCUCCAGGCAGAUGCAGGCUGACGAAUACGCUGGCAUCCAGCAGCUGUUGGGCUCUGUGGUGGAGCAGCUGGUUGUGAGUCCGCAACCCCAACGGGCCAGGAACCAGGCCCGAGUAGCUGUAGUCCAGCAGAGCGGCACUAAGGCUAAGGUGGAGUUUGGCCUGCAGGAGUACAAGAAACACGAGCUGAUGAAGACACACCUGGUCCAGAAAAUGCAACAGCAGGGCGGCUACUCGCUGCUGGGACAGACGCUGGAGUUCUCCCUGAAGGAGGUGCUGCUGAAGGCCAGACAGCCUCGCAGGAGCAGGGUACUGCUGACCGUGGUGGGCACCCAGACGACUUACAAGGAUCAGGCAAAGCUGCACUACAUCUCCCAGAAGGCCAAGUGUGAGGGGGUGGCCAUGUUUGUGGUGGCGGUGGGUGGGCGCUACAACCAGACGCAAGUGGAGAAUCUGGCCAGUUUCCCUGUACAGCAGCACCUGCUCCACAUUGGGCGGCUGAAGGCUGACGAGCAGGGCUACACCCAGCGCUUCUUCAGAGUCUUCCUCUCCGCCCUCAACAAGGGAAUUAACUCGUAUCCUCCUCCUUCUUUAAAACGGACCUGCAACCAGCUGCCAGACCUGACAGACGAAGACCAACUUUUCCAUAACGGUGACGGGUCGGCAGAGCUGAUGGAUGAGGAUGUGGAGGAGAAGUUUAAGGAGCAGAUGGGAGUAAUGACUUGGACCAGACAGCUGGAUGUCAUCGACACAUCAACCGGCGAGGACAGACAGCAUCUGGAGUUAACCUCAAUGAAACCUGUUUUCUCAAACAUGACGUCGGCGGCUGCCAGAACUACACCUUAAUGUGGUUCUUCGACAGCAAACGUGGGGAAUGCUCCCCCUUCUGGUACGGCGGCUGCAGCGGCAACAGCAACCGCUUUGAGACACAGAAGGC